UCGUUUUGUUACAGAAUUUCAUGAUUACUAAAUACGGCGGUGUUGUUGAGGCUAAAACCGUUCAGUGGUCUUCUCUGCUUUGCUUGGUUCAUCCUUACCAAUCACUUCUUUCAAAGGAUGUUGAAGAGUUGACAACGGGUUGUCGAGUUGGGACAACAACCAAGGAGAAGCUAAGAAGGGUCAUAAAGUGGGUGCGGCAGUCUCGGUCCACCAUCUGCAACAUCAAGUUGCAGUCUACUACUCAAAAAAUAGAGUGCCUACCUAGAAACUGGACAGUUCUUGAAGAGAGAGAUCCUACAGACUGCUCUUCGCUUAUGGAAGUCUCUCAGCUAACAACAUUGUGCAAGACUUUCGUCCUUGCCUCGAUUUGUGAAAUUGUUUCAUUAUGUAACGCCAGGACUCCUGGUGAUACUGUGAAAGAGAAGAUUUUCCUUAGUAGGAGAGUAUGUGAAACUGGGAGUAAUAACUUGGUGGAAGAUCUCUUAUGCACUGGCUGCCAGCUAUGUGGUUCACCCUUAGAUUCAGAAUCUGAGCAAAAUGCUUUUCCACUAGUUUGUUCGAAAAGUUCAAGCCGCCUUCAUACAGUAUGCUCGAUAUAUAGGCCUUUCAUGUUAUAUGUGUGGGAUGAGUCAUACUUCAUGCCGGUUCUCGUCAAGAACAAGGCCGCAGAAAUCUUAUUUGGAAAUAUGAAAGCUGAAAAUGUCUAUUCAAGUUAUAGAGAACAAAUGCUUAACCAAAACCCUGGUUCUGGAAAUAAAAACAAGAAUAAAGGUGCCGAUGCAAGUCUUGCUAAUAACAUAAAACCUUCUGGGGAAGGAUUUCUUAGUGCUAGUUUGGUAGAAGAGGAUAAGAGCUUGCAAUUGGAGGAAAAAUAUCCUCCUACUAAACGGUUCAACUUUUAUCAUGUCUGGUUAAUUUUUCUGAAAUUGUUACUGAAACAAGGAAAGAAUAGUCCUCUAAAAUUUGAGAUCAUUGUUGAUCCCAGCUUAAAUGUUGAAAAUGGAAAAUUUGAAAUUGUUUCUGCUACAUUGCCCUGUUUUGAAAACUGUUUAUAACAUUGUUCAUAAGUUGUUUUCAUUUUA